AUCACGUCGAGUGUUCCUCUAGUCUAAUGCCCCGCCCCCAUCGCAGCCCAAUCAACUCCUCUCAGAGCACUUCCUCGUCACGGCUGCUUCAGAUUCGUCCAACCAGAACCUCCAAUCCCAGCGACAAUCUUCACGAGCAAUGAGGCCUGCAGGGUCGAGUCUCCCAAGCGGCGCGUUCCUCGUGUAAAGACAGUCGCACCUCGUCUGUCCGUGCAGGCGCCGCUUGCGUCUCGGACCUCCCGCUGUGUACUUCAUCACAUCGCUGCAGGGAAGACGACCCUUUCGAAGCCGUGCAGCUCUCGAUUGACAUCGGUUCCAGGGUCGCAAAGGCACAGCUACGGUAGUAUAGCUUUCAACGCGAAGUCACGAUGGAGGCAGCUUCGGGCCAAAGCUCUUCCGGCGGCCGUGAUGUCAAUGUGUCCACAUCGGUAGACUAUGCCCCUCCCGAUUCAUCCGCGGACACAUCAAUAUCAACAGCCUCGAUGCUAGCGAGUGAUGGAGCGGGCAAGGCGAAGACGAUGCCUUCGGACGAACUACUGGCCACGAUCAUCGAGAUGAGAUUGGCUGGUCAUUCCAGGACGGGUUCGGUAGAGAAUGGGAAGAGCUCGACUGCUCCUUCAUCACUCGAUACGCUUGACAUGUGUCACAAGAAUUUGCAAGACAUACCAGAUGAGAUGGUGGAAGUGAUCAGAGAUGAGGUGGUACGGCUGGCUCUCGGAUACAAUUCCAUCUACGCUCUGCCACGCAACUUCUCCAAGCUGAGUCGCCUUCGCUACCUUAACGUUCGGUCCAACGUGCUUUCGACCUUCCCAGAAAUGCUUGCUGAGAUGCCGUCGCUGGAGAUCCUCGAUAUAUCAAGGAACAAGAUUCGAAAGCUCCCGACAGAACCGGGCCAGCUGGUCAAUCUGAGAGUCCUUUGCAUUUCUCAUAAUCGACUUCGCCGUCUGCCGACCUGGAUGAUCCAGAUGCGACAUCUUCGCAUCCUCAAGAUCGAUGACAAUCCAAUCCAGUGGCCUCCCCCUCAUAUCUCUAUCCUUCCUCCUGCCUCUGAGGAAUCUCCUUUAGCCUCGGCUACUAAAGGGAUGCAAUCUCCAGACGAGAAAGAAAAAGCGAAAGCAUCGGAGAGGGCGAUGCAGCUCUGGAUCGUGAGAAUGAAGAGAUGGAUGAAAGAGAAUGCUGCCCAGGAAGACGAACGAGAGAGGCAACGGCUGCUGCCUCACAGCAGCCGCGAGGCAGGUGGAGAAGGCGGACACACCAGAGGUCAUGCGAGAGGCAAGUCCUCUAUGGCGAGCGGCUCUUCUACGCUUGCGUCUGCAGCCGGGCACCUCAUGUCUCCUCCACAAGCGCAGCGCUACUCUCCAUCGAGAGGCCAACCUGCGCACGAGGAGGACCUUCGGAAAGGUGCAAGCCACUCUCUCGAUCCUUUUGACUCAAGCCCGGCGACAGAGCAAGCCGGAGCAGCAAUAAGCGCAGAUGACCCUACGUCAACCAUGUCAGGAGCAGGCCCGUUCACUGCUUCUCCUGAGCGAGCCUUCCGUAUGCGUCCUUUAAUGCUUAUAAGAACGGCAUCAGGCAGAAUCAAUCCGAGAUCUGCGUCUGGAGGUAGCCCGAGUGGACCAGAUUCAGCGAUUGGAGACUGGGAAGGCACGCUAUCUACGGCUCCAAGUUCGGCUAGCACGGUCGCCGCCAUGGAGUCUUUUCCCCAAUUGGCGCAAAGGAAAGAGUCGGGCAAUCAGACUGCCGUAGACAGCACUGUACCUGACUCUGAACAGCGAGAGCAUCCAAUCUCGCCCUCGACUGGCAGUAUGAAUGAAGCUCCGCAAGGCAUGCUUCCGCCCUCGGCGUCACUUGCUUCGCUCUACAGCGUGCAAUCCGCACAUGAUGAAGGCUUCACCGAACAACAUCGGGCCGGCGCAGCAGAGUUGUUGGCCCCGCUUCGACACCCCUCACCCAGCCGCAGCGUCACACCCACACCUCAGAACAAGGAUCCUCUUGCGCCUCUCCCGGAAUCAACAUCCAAGACAUUAUUCGACACAGAUGCACAAGCUGGCUACGGUCAAUUGACAGGACAUGAAGAUUUGAAUGGUGUGAGCCCGGGUAUGAGCAAAGGCGAACCCCGAGAUAUCAAUGGAAAUCUCGACUAUUCUUCUGCUCCCCUGUCCAUGCCCCGUCCAUCGUACGGCCAUGGCCGUACGCAGUCGCACUCAUCAGGCAAAAGCAUGGGAGCGGAUGGACCUGUCGGCAGUGGCUUGACCAGUAGUGCUCGCAGUAGGGUGUUGAGCAGCAAGCAGUCACUUCCUGAUCUUCGAGCAAGCAAAUUCACAGCUUCAAGCAUGGCUCGCGAGUCAUCUAUACCCACUUCUUCGUCCUCAUCGUACAUUGUGUCCUCUUCCGGCUCUACGAAUGGAGUAGUCAGUAACAGCGGGACGUCGUUGUCAUCAUCUUCUCGCGCAAUGGCGUCAUCAACGUCAAGCAGCGAAAGCCAACCGCCUAUACCCGUCCGGAGACGCCCCGUUGCCAUUACUCCCAACACUGCUUUGGCUUCUGCUGCGACUUCGCUCGCCAAGCGCGGCGAAUCGUCAGAACCUAUUCCUCCGAGCUCAGAUGUCUCGCAAAGAACGGUGGAGCACAAAGCAGAUGCAGACACAACGGCUCAGGCAACGCCCAAAGCAGCGGUACUCUCUGGUCUGCCCCCGGAUCGUGCGGUCUCAGUCCGCCGUGCCGCGCUGCUGGAUGCAGCUGGCCUGAACACGGAAGGUCUAGCCAGCCCUAGCCUACCGCGGACACCUACAAAGACAGCAUCCAGGGACUCUUCUCAACAGCAACAUGAACGUGACUCUUACUUCAGACGAUUGUCGACCUUUCCGUCAACUUUGGUGGCUUCCUCUUGCCCUCCGUCCGUGCUCAGAGUCAUCGAUGCUUCUCGUGGCAUUCUCUUUGCCCUUAGUCAGAUUUACACUGCGCUCAAACAGUACAUCCUCUUCUGCACGGACGAAAGGAUCUGCGCUCAAAUCCAAAGAGUGUUGGACGUAGCUGCGGACACCCUCGCGAAAUUGAUUGACAGCCUAGAUCGCUUUGACUCUCUGGCGCUCAAAGGGCAAAACUCCCCCGCGAGUGUGGCGGCCGUGAUGGACGCUAGCCGAGACAGCGUCAUCACCUUCCGUCAAGUGGUCAGCGUCCUUCAAUUGCAACUGGUCAAUCUUCUGAAAAGCGCAGAUCUUCGAUACACCAGAUCGUUGAUGGUUAUGCUGUAUGGAGCGACAGUUGAGGUCAGCACUAGUUGGGCAGAAUUUACGAGGCAACGGGAGAGUGGCCACACGUCCGAAGCAGGUGCACAGAUGUCUGAGCACCGAGGCUAUGGCUACUCUUCCGCUACGGGGAACGGUCUCCUCCUCACCAAUGGUAGCUUAGCCUCUGGCCACUUGCCGAGCAUCGCAGAGGGCCUGUCCCCUCAGAGUGUAAAGAGUGCAAUGGGAGAGACGCCAUCUCCAGCUCGUGCUACAGAAUUGCAAUCGCGGCCCCAAGCGAAGAGGGAAGGCGGGUCAUUUACCCAAGACAUCAGCGCUGGCGGCACAGCUGCAUCGGAGAAUGCAUCUGCUGCUUCACCACUGCACCUUGAGCGACCGUCUCACAGCAAAGAGGCUUCGAUAGACUGGGCACCGGAUACCCCAUCCAGGCAUCGGGGAACUGCCAAUCGUCGCAGAGAUGGGCUGUUGGCUGGCAGUGCCGGCCUCGCUACUGCCGUUGUAAAUUUGCCGACGAAGUCAGUGCAACAAGCAGGGACAGGCCAGGAGAUACCUGAUCAGACAUAUACACUACCUGCACCUCCUAUGGGUAUGGCCACAUCUGCUCCUCCAGGGAGCACAAGGUUUGAGAUGGGAGAAGAUGUGCAUGACAGUUCUAGACAUAUGUUCAGUGCGUUCAUUGGCAGAGACGGCUCUGGCUCAAUAGGUACCCCUGCCCAUGGUGCGGUCUCAGACGGACACGGCACAAACUUCAGGCCUCCGAUGAUCGAUCACCAUCUGCUUUCCCUAGUUCAGCAAGUCACAUCUGCAGCAUCAGGGGUAUGGACGACUCUCUUCGACCACCUUUCCUCCUUAGGUAUCAAUGGGCAAAAUGCUCCUUCGGUGAAUGGUGUCUUCUCCCCAGAGACGACUCCCAUCUUGGGUCCCAAUCGCGUGGGCGGCCUCAGUCGUAGCGGAACGGCGAAAGGUGCAAUGUCCUCUUCUUCCGGCGCGUCAGGAGGCGACUUACUCAAGCCUGCACGCGAUGAAAAGUCGACGAGAGCAGUAUCGCCUUCUCCGAGUGCUGCAAAUAGUACAGGCCCUAGUACGACUGCUCCACAUCCGCACUCUCAGUCGGCAAGGAAGCUGAACGUACUGCGUGAACAUUGUCUGUCGGCUGCUGAGCUGACAAAAAGACUGCAGCAUACUCUCGAGAAGGUGCAGGAUGACCUCGACAGCCAGAAUUCGGAGGGGGCGUCGAUGCAAGGAAUUAAUGGGGCCAGCAAAGCCAUUGCGCUGUCAGCCCUCGUCAGCCCUGUAGAGUCCCGUCGACUGGUCGACGACAGCAUUGCCUUUGUCAAGGCGGUGACGAAUCUGCUGGUGCAGAUCAAGACGCUGAGCAUCAGUCACGACACCUUGACUGCGCCGGACCUGAGAAAGGUGCUGGCUGGCUUGGCCACUGGCUGUUCGAAUCUUAGUGUCCAUCUGCACUUUUGCGCGCCCAGGGGAUCUGCAGCAGCUUCGACUGGGCUGUAUAGGCCAGGAGUGGGAGAUGAGAAUAGUAGGAGACAAGUCUUUGCCGGCGGCGAGAUGAAUGGGAAUGCACCGGGAAUGGCGAGGAGAAAGGAGCAAGAUGGAGGUGGAGCGAGGGGAGGGAUUGCAAUGGCUCCAGGCGAAUCGCAGGGGUCUGGGCAUGCCACCAGUCGAAGUGCAAGUUCUGCUGCAUCGUUGCAACAGCAGACGCAGGGUCAGCAGCAGCAGCAGCAGCUUCGACAUGUCCCUGCCCUUCCGACGAGGACGUGAGAAGUGCAAGGACGCAAGGGGGACGGAUGGAAGAGCAAUCGUGUGCUAUCGUGUGCCAUCUGUAUCAAUACCCUCACAGAAUCAAACAAAGAAGUGUCAUUCCAGG